CAUGAAAGAGUACAUGUUUGGGGCAUUUGAACCCAGAUGGUGACACUAUUGCCCUACUUAAAAAGUUCACACAACUUCCAUUCCCCCUUUGCAAAAGUUGCUAAAAUUUCAACUACACCAUCAUUAUGAACAAAUCAUAACAGCUAGCCUUUCCCCCUUUGCACCCCACAAAAAUGAAUUUCACAAUCUUUUCUUGAUUUUCCCCAUUAGGAAGUUAAUUGCACAGUUUUCUGCUCCUUAAAUUUCCCUGUCUGUAUUUUUUUUUGCAGAAAUUCUUUCUGGUUUAGGUCUCUGAAGUUCCCUGCAUUUUCUUGAGCUGAAACUGGGUGGUUUUUUGGUGCUAGAAAAGUAUGAAUAGGUCUCCCAUAUACCCAAAAUAUGAGCCUCAAGAUUACUGUGGUGGCAAUGAGUUUGAUCCUCAUACAGAUUUUGCACAGUUCUUGUCAGAAGCAAGAAAGCAUGCAGGCCAAGACAUUCUCGGUGCACCACCACCGCCACAUCUCGAAGAAUCUGCAGAGAGGAAAUCGAGAAACCCAUCGUGGAAAAGAUCAUUGCUUUCAUGGUUAAAGCGGGAUAAAAGGAACAAGAACAGCAAAGAAGCAGCGAAGAACUCACACGGGGCGACCAGGCCGAGGGGUGAUUGUGUUUCUGGUCUGGUGCGAGGGAGCGGGGAUGGUGCAAGGCCUUGGAAGCCCUUAUCGGGCCCGAUCACGAGCCACUUCAACGGGAUCAACCAAGAGGAGGAUGAGGUGCCAUAUAUGUCUCUCCAAAAGAUGAACACCUCCAAGGAUGUUCAAUCCUAUGGACCGGUGUACUUGGUUACAUAGGAAAAUAAAAUAGGUACAAGAAUUAUGCUGUGCUGUGAUCUAUCAUGAAAAACUCAGAAAACUCGAAUGUGAUUCGGUUAUAUUAGAAUAUAACCACCAAA